AACCACAAAGCCCGGCUGCCUGUCGCUGCACACACAGAGGGAGCGUCAUUUCUCCGCUUGCACAACACGGACGUCGUCAGAAUGCAGUUGACAGAAGCUCUCUUGAAAUACCAGCUGGCCUGGCCUCAUAUGCACUACUUUUUAGCUGUGCUGUGCCUGGUUGCCGCCGUGUACAAAUUAACCUUCAUCCUCCUCAAACGGAAGUCUGUUCUGAAGAGCUUUGACGCCUUUCCAGGACCCCCGGCACACUUGUUGUUUGGAAAUGUUCUGGAGUUUAAACAAGAUGGGACCGAUUUUUUCAAGUUGUUAAAGUGGGCGGAGAGCUAUCCCUAUGCUUUCCCUAUGUGGUUCGGCCCAUCUAUUUGUGUUCUCAAUAUUCACCACCCAGAUUAUAUCAAAACUAUACUAGCAUCAACAGAGCCAAAGGAUAAAUUUGCAUAUGAAUUCAUCGAGUCUUGGAUUGGAAACGGUUUGUUGGUGUCAGAAGGCCAGAAGUGGUUUCGCCACCGGAGGCUCCUGACUCCAGGUUUCCAUUAUGAUGUUUUAAAACCAUACGUGAAACUGAUGUCAGACUCUGCCAAAACAAUGCUGGACAAAUGGGAACGCUAUGCCAACUCUAAAGAGACCUUGGAAUUGUUUGAGCAUGUCAGCCUGAUGACACUGGAUAGCAUCCUGAAGUGUGCCUUUAGCUGCAACAGCAACUGUCAGACAGAGGGGGGAACAAAUGCCUACAUCAAAGCAGUGUAUGAGCUCACCAAUCUUAUUAACUUACGGAUGAGGAUGUUUCCAUACCACAGCGAUCUCAUUUUCCACCUCAGCCCACAUGGUUUCAGAUACAGGAAAGCAUACAAGGUGGCUUACAGUCAUACAGAUGAGGUCAUCAAAAGGAGGAAAGAAGCACUAAAGGAAGAGACGGAACUGGGCCGCAUACAGGCCAAAAGAUACUUGGAUUUUCUGGACAUUCUUCUCUUUGCACGAGAUGAAAACCAGCAGGGCCUGUCGGAUGAAGACCUGCAAGCAGAAGUGGACACGUUUAUGUUCGAGGGCCACGACACCACAGCCAGUGGCAUCUCGUUCAUCCUCUACUGCUUGGCCUGCCACCCAGAGCACCAGAAGCUCUGCAGGGAUGAAAUUUGUGAAGCUUUACAAGACAAAGACACCAUGGAGUGGGAGGAUCUUAAUAAAAUUCCAUACACCACAAUGUGCAUCAAAGAAUCCCUUCGUCUUUACCCUCCUGUGCCAGGAAUAUCCAGGCAGAUCACUAAACCUAUCACCUUCUUCGAUGGAAGAACAUUGCCAGCAGGCUCUCACAUUGGAGUAAGUAUGUUUGCAACUCACAGAAACCCAACAGUCUGGGAAAACCCACAUGUCUUUGACCCGCUGCGUUUCCUCCCAGAAAAUGUCUCUAAGAGGUCACCUCAUGCAUUUGUGCCUUUCUCAGCUGGGCCAAGAAACUGCAUCGGCCAGACUUUUGCAAUGAAUGAGUUGAAGGUGGUGACGGCCUUGACACUAAAGCGGUACGAGCUGAUAGAGGACCCCAACAUUAAGCCCAAGAUGAUUCCCAGACUGGUUCUCCGCUCACUUAAUGGCAUCCACAUCAAGAUCAAACCAGUGGAACCAGAAAUGUGAUGGAGAAAAAGAUUCUGUUGGAUUCAAUCAAGGAGAAACAAAUUGCUUAGAAAGUGAAUUAGAUUUUUUUUUAAAUCAUGAAGUGCAAUUUGAGUAAAUUUUUACACUAAUGUCUCGUGACGAGGAAAUUUGUUGUGUUUUAAACCGUUUUUCUAGGAAUAUUUGUAAUGUUUAUCUUAAAAUGGGUUUGUUAUACAUUUGGAGAUGAGCUUAAUCUUUAAGCAAAACUAUAAGCAUUGCGUUAUGCAUUGUUGUAAUACAUUGCACUUUGUUGUAAUACUGAAGAAUGUGACUAAAACAGUGA